UACUGCGUGGAAUAAAAAUUCGUCCGACCUAUCGCCCUCCCCUAGUCCCCUUUCCCCUCCAAGCCCUUUCAACAUCAAUUUUUAUCUCUCUCUCUUCAUCUCUCUCGGGCGCGCGCGCACGAAACCUUUACCCACUGCCAAUCUCGGCCGAUUGCUGGCCGCCGUUGCCGCCUUAACCGCCUCUCUGCCGCCGGCACAUCCUACCGGUUUCGACCGCCGCCGUCUCCUCCGUUCCCGUUCCUCCCUCCCUUCCUAUAUCUCGGACUCGGACUCUACACCUCGUCGAGAGAAUAUCGCACCCUAGUUGGAGUUGAUCGUUUACUGAUGGAUCUACAUCAAGUGAGGAAGUUGGAGCCAACUUGUAAACUGGUAUCUAAGGUUAAGGAACCUUCACUUGGAAUCCUUGAAGAAAUACUUUCGAGGCUGCCAACGAAAUCUGUGCUUAGGCUUAGCUGCGUAUCAAAGUUGUGGCACAGUAUUGUAAGUGACCCACACUUUUGCAACCUUCAUGCAACGCGAGCGCUCGUUCGUGAUAACCACCGCAGCAUGUUACUAAUCGAGGGUCCAGUAAUUGAAAACAAUAGUGGAACUCGCAUUAAAACUCUGUUUACAGGUAGUGAAGCUAACCUACAUGGCAGCGCAAUUUGUCAUAUUGUCAAAUGUAAUACCUAUUUUUACAAUGGCACGUGUAAUGGCUUGCUUAUCUUUAGAUGCGACGUCGCUCCGGAGCCCAUCAUCUUGUGCAAUCCGGUAACUCGGGAAUAUCUAUAUUUGUCAGCUGGAGCCCCUCCUUUUCAUGAUCUUGAGAGCUAUUUUGGGCUGGGUUUCGACCCUCUAAGAAAGGUGUACAAAGUUUUCCGUUUUUCUCUUUCUCGUCAUUCCAGGAAAAAAGAUAUAUGCGAAGUGUACACUUUAGGUAGCCAUGGAUCAUGGAGGAGAGUUUGUAGUGAUGUUGAGCAUUUUAUAUUUGGCCCUGGACUAUAUAUUGGUGGAAAGAUUUUUUGGACAACAAUUUCUUAUCGCCAUCCCUAUUAUAUGAAGAUCAUGUCAGCCGAUGUGGUGAGUGAAGAGAUUAGAAUUUUAAAGCCUCCAGUCACUGCUUCAUUUCUACGCAUAGAUGCAUUGAAUCAAAUCCGCACCUUCGACUUUGAAGGACAGCUUGCUAUGAUGGCUGGAAAAAUUUCAAACGAGCUGGCAGAACUGUGGGUGCUGAAAGACUACGAGCACAACCAAUGGGAGCAUCUAUACACAUACAAACUGCCAUUUUCCGCGAACUUUCGCAAAACAAGUGUAUGCGUUAACAAUAAGUUCUUAUUUGUUUUGCAGCCUGGUUAUAAAUUGGCGAUCUAUGAUACUCGAAAGUCGUCAUUCGAAAAUAACUCAGCACCACAAUCCUGCUAUUGUGUACUGCCUGAUGUUCCAAAACAUUGGCGGAUUUAUGGAGACUACAAGCCGAGCCUGGUCUCUCUGAAGAGCUUUUGUGGAACCAGGGGCAUCUUAGCAGCUACGACGGAUCCUAUCCUGCAAGGCGACCAUGGCGAAGAGGAGAAAUCAAAAACAGCUUUCCUGAGGGAGCUUCACUAUAUCCUUCGAGAAACCAUGUCCCAAGAUGAUUAGAGGCUUGCGAAGAAGCUGCUUGUGAAGAAACACUCUCUAACUUAUUAAUUAGACUUAUGACUCAGUUUUGGUUCUCAUGAUGCAUCUGCGAUGCAUUGAUCAAUCCUGGCAGAAAACUAACUAUAAGACUAAACUAGUUUAAAUUUGGUUCAUGAUAGUGUUCUGUUUUUUUUACUCCUUGGAAUGCUUUGAUUCUACUUUAUUUUUGUUUUACUGUUUAUUUGAGUCUGCGACAUUUACCAUAACAAAUUGAGCCUUCGAUAUUUAUUUUGUUUUCU